CAAGCCCAAGCCCAAGCCCGAAAUUACUCUCUCCUCUUUGUGCGCUAUUUAAGUUUCCCUCUUCUUUCUUCCAUAAUCUUUUAAGUUUCUACAAUGGAAGAUGCGAACGAAACCCCGAUUCCUCCGCCACCAGCUACAGACGGUGGCGCCGGCGCCGCUAGUAAUUCCGCCGAAUUAACAGCAUUACCCGAUCAAACAAAUUCCGAAUCGAAGACCGACAAAUCCGGCGGGGUCAAGGAAGAGCCCGAACCCGCCGCCUCUGAGGAGCUCUCCUCCGACGACACCUCCGUCUACGGCACCCCUCAAGCUCCGGAAGAUGAACACGCUGACGAAGAAGAGGAGGAAGAAUUGGAGCCCUCCCCGAAGAAGCAAAAGCUGUUCGCCGAAUCGCCGAAAAUCGAACCCUCCGAACAUGGAAUGACCGAAUUGCCCUCCCCCGCGGACGCAAUUCCCGAUCCGCCCCAAAACGGAAAGCCGCCGGCGACGAAAUCCGGCAAGAAAUCGAAGAAGAAGAGCAAGGAUGUCUGGACAACCACGUCCAGGAAGGGGAAGAAGAAGACGAAGCACGCAUUCAACGGCCACAACUCUAAGAAAUCCGCCAACGGCGGCGGCGGUGAGGACAAAGUGCUGAUAAUACCAGCUCCGAGGUAUGCAGAGAAGAGCGACGACAGCCCUGCCAUACAAAUCGGCCUCUCGAAGAUUUACAAGGCGGAGAAGGUCGAACUGAGCGACGAUAGGCUCACCGCCGGCAGCACAAAGGGGUACAGAAUGGUGAGAGCUACCCGGGGAGUCACCGAGGGCGCGUGGUACUACGAGAUCAAGGUGGUGCACUUGGGUGAGACGGGGCACACGAGGCUAGGGUGGUCCACCGAUAAAGCGGACUUGCAAGCGCCCGUUGGAUACGAUGGGAAUAGUUUCGGGUAUCGAGAUAUGGAUGGGAGUAAAGUGCAUAAGGCAUUGAGGGAAAAGUACGGGGAUGAAGGGUAUAAAGAAGGCGAUGUCAUUGGAUUUUUCAUAAACUUGCCCGAAGGAGGGUCGUAUGCGCCUAAUCCUCCGCGUAUGGUUUGGUAUAAGGGUCAGCGCUACGUUACUCCUCCCGAUGUAAAGGAGGAUCCGCCUAAAGUUGUGCCUGGAAGUGAGAUAUCGUUUUUCAAAAACGGAAUAUGCCAGGGUGUUGCUUACAGAGAUCUUUACGGUGGUCAGUACUACCCAGCUGCUUCAAUGUACACUCUUCCAAACCAACAGAAUUGUGUGGUCAAGUUCAACUUUGGUCCCGAUUUCGAAAUGUUCCCUAAAGAAUUCGGUGACCGUCCUUUACCGAGAGCCAUGAUUGAAAUUCCAUAUCAAGGUCAUGAAAGCAGCGCCGAGAUUGGUAGUCCGAUGAAUAUAACGAGAAUGCGCCCGAUGUUCAAAGAGGAGUAAAAUUGUGAAAGCUGCUGAAAUGAUCAGGUUGGUAAUGUUUCACUUGAAAUAAGCUACUUUGUCUGUAUGUUGUUUGUGUUUGUUCAAUUUAUAUAUACUUCCUUUGAAAUAUAAUCUUUUUUUAAUAUAUGAUCAAAUAUUGUAAGUAUGCCCUUCAUUAUUUGUGGUGAACUAGCAUGAUGAUGAUCUCAGUUAUUUUUAUUUAAAAUUAAAAAUAUUUGAACU